UCCUGGCCAAAGUCUUCCAGAAUUUGAACAUGUCGUCCACCAAGAUAAAGCUAGGCGUCAUCGGGUACGGCAACUCGGCCAAAAACUUCCAUCUGCCUCUGAUUACCCAUAUCCCCGAAAUCGAGGUGUAUGCUAUUCUACAGCGAACGCCACCGGCGCCCGACGCCAAACCGGGCGAGCAUUGCACUGUCGACUUCCCUGCGGCGAAGCACUUUACCGAUGUCGACUCUUUCUUUGCCGAUGACGAGAUUGAGCUAGUCUUGGUUGCCGUGGCUGCUAUGCACUACGAGUAUGUAAAGAGGGCACUUCUUGAAGGCAAAAAUGUCAUCGUCGAGAAAGCAUUCACCACUACUAGUGCAGAGGCAGACGACCUCAUCCAGACGGCCAAGAGUGUAGAUAAAAUAGUAACAGUCUACCACAAUCGUCGGUUUGAUGGAGACUUCCUCACGGUUCAAUACCUCGUCAAGAACGGAGUUCUUGGUGACCUGAUCGACUUCGAGACACACUUUGACUGGGAUGACCCGGGGUGGCCCUCUAUUUGGGCAGAUGAGGCCCAUCGGGAUGGAGCCCGCGGCAGCGCCAUCGACGACUGGCACACGUUGAUUCUUCAGUACGCAGCGCCCGAGAACCAGGGCCUGGUGGUCACCAUCCGGAGUACGCAAAUUGGCCCCUCGACGCAGCCGCUACGAUUCUUGGUGCGAGGCCGUCAAGGGUCGUAUAUCAAGUUCCACCAUGACAUGCAAGAGGCACAUGUUGCGGGUCGUCAGUUCUCGUCCCCUCUAGACCCGGAAUUUGGCAAAGAGGACCUCUCUCACUUCGGUGAACUAACCACCACAUCCAUGUAUGAUGCUUCAUUCCAGGCCUUGGAUGAGUCCGGUCGCCAGCCUCGGUAUGUGGGCAAGAUGCCCACAGUACGUGGAAACUGGCUCGGCUACUAUCAGAACAUAGCCAGGUCUCUGCGUGGCCAAGAAGAGCUGAUAGUGACGGCGGAGCAGGGGCGGGGCGUGAUAAGGCUGUUUGAGCUAGCGAGAGAAAGCGCUCGCACAGGUAGAAGCGUGUCUUGGAGUUGA